AUGGACAAAACACCAGCACCCAUCUUCCGGCGAAAAAACGCCAUGCCGUCGUCAGCCACGAUACCAUCCUCAUCGCCGGCGUUCGGCACUCCCGUCCAUCCUCCGAGGCCGUUCCAUGUCCAAGCCCCGAAAGCCGCGAUUCUCCCCAUCAUAUUGCCGCCGGCGACCCUGCGGCCCCUCGCGUUUCGCACUUUUACAAAGAAACACUCGUUAACACUCACGUCGUCUGCCCUGCAAGAGCUGGCCUCCUUCAUCGGAAGACAUUGCGGCUCGGGAUGGCGCGAAGAGGGUCUCGCCGAACGUGUGCUGGAAGAGGUCGCGCGGGGCUGGAAGAACCGGAAUGGAGGCGUCAUAGUCGAAGGCACGAGCAGGGAGCUGCACAACAUCCUCAGGACUCUCGAAGGCAACAUGAGCGGAGGAAAGAUUGUCGGACCGGGAAGAGGCUUGCCGACGGGCGAGAGCAUGCUGGAGGCGCAGGACGGGGAUGCCACCAACACCAGGCUUGGUAUCAGACCGACUGCGCUCGCAAGGGAAGACAGCAACGCUAGUUUCGGAAUGUCUGGGCUGGGAGUGCAGGAGGACGCCGACGACGAUGACGACACAAACGAUCCGCGAGCCUGGCUGAAUGUUGUCAAUGCCUUUGAGCAGCCGCGGCUGGUGUACAACGUCGGCAAAAAACACUUUGAAAGGGAAACGACAAAGCCAUCGUUGCUGCCGCCCGCGUCUCACAAAACCACCGUGUUCCGAAACCGAUAUCAAGUCAUUCACCAGCGGCUCCUCCGCAGCGAAGCGUUCCAAACCUCGUCAGUGUCGUCGUCUCGCAAACGAACCCUCCAGCGGUCCCUCUCAAAUCAGCAGUCGCUGAAAAUCACCCCCAUCGCAAACAUGCUUGGCCGCCACGGCAGUAAUCACAUGCUCCUCGGCCUGCUAGUCAUCCUGCCCACGGGCGAGCUUGCCAUAAGCGACCUGACCGGCACGAUAGCCCUCAAUCUCAGCCGAGCCGUCGCCAUCCCCGACGACUCAGCAUGGUUCUGCCCCGGCAUGGCGGUCCUGGUAGACGGCGUGUACGAAGAGGAAGAGGAGUCGGUCGGCAAAGGCCUCAGCGGCAGCAGCGGAGUGGGAGGCACCCUGGGCGGCCGGUUCCAAGGCUUCUUCAUCGGCCAGCCGCCCUGCGAAAAGCGUCAGGCAACCCUGGGCAUCAGCGGGCCGGAAGGCGGCCAGGACCACACCAUCGGCGGCGGUUUCGGCUGGAUCGACUUCCUCGGCGUCGGAAGCGAGAGGGCUGUCGGCGCCAAAAUGCGCCGCAUCGAACGCCGUCUCAUGCACCGCCAGCACCAGCAGCCCUCCCAGGACGCCCCCAGUCGAGGCCGCGCCGUCAUCAUCGGCGAGCUCAACCUCGACCAGCCGCGCGCUCUCCAGGCCACGCGCAAGAUCCUGUCCCUCUACGCCGCCGAGCCGCAGGGCUCCGCGCCCGUGGCGUUCGUGCUGGCGGGCAACUUCACACAGCACGCCGUCAUGGCCCGCGGCGGCAGCGGCGGCAGCAUCGAGUACAAGGAAUACUUUGAUGCCCUGGCAUCCGCGCUGUCCGACUUCCCCACGCUCCUGCAGACGUCGACCUUUGUGUUCGUCCCCGGCGACAACGACGGCUGGGUCUCGUCCCUGACGGCCGGCGCCUCGGUGCCGCUGCCCAGGAAGCCCGUCCCGGACAUGUUCACGUCCCGCGUCCGCCGGGCAUUUGCAACCGCCAACUCGGAAGCCGGCGGCCACGGCAUCCCCGGCUCGGCAGUAUGGACCUCCAACCCGAGCCGCGUGACGCUCUUCGGCCCCAACCACGAACUGGUCCUCUUCCGGGACGACGUCUCGGCUCGCCUGCGCAGGACAUGCGUCACCCUGAAGCGCGGUGCAACGGAGCCCGACGCCGACGCCGACGCCGAAGACACGUCGCCGGAGCCACCGGGCCCCGACGCCAUGGACCUAGACGCCCACGAGAAGCGGCCCAAGUCGCCCGCGCUGCCAGACGACGUGCGCACCGCCCAGAAACUGGUCAAGACCAUGCUCGACCAGGGCUACCUCGCGCCGUUCAGACAGUCCAUCCGCCCCGUGCACUGGGACUACUCCUCCUCGCUGCACCUGUACCCCCUCCCCACGGCCAUGGCCCUCAUAGACACUACGGCGCCCCCAUUCUGCAUCACCUACGAGGGCUGCCACGUCAUGAAUCCCAGCAGCGUGCUGGUCCCGGGCCGCAAGGGCGUAGCGAGGUGGGUAGAGUACGAAAUCGGGCGACACGGCAAGCUGCGAGAAUGUACACUGUAG